AUGGAGGAAAUAGCGCGACUACAAGCGUCUCCAAGAGGGCAUAAAUCUCAUCUAUCGAAAGUGUUAAAUAAAGCGAGCGAAAUCCUCAAAGUAGAACCUUCGAAAGCAGACAAAAUAGCGCUGACGACACUUAAAACUACCCUGGAACAACUAACAUGGAAACAGCAAUUAGUACGAGAACUAGACAAAAAGAUUGCAGCAAAAAUCACUGAUCCAAAGCAACUAGAAACAGAAAUAUACGAAUCUGAACAGCUAAGCUGCGAUUUGGAAGAAAAACUGAAUCACAUACGUAAGUAUAUGUUCAUUGUCGAGUGA